AUGAGGGGUAGUUUGGAGGUGUGUGUCUCAAGAUGGUAUGGUGAUUUUCGAAAUGCGUCAUUGGUUGAACUCCAUGGAUUUUGUGAUGCUAGCCAGAAGGGUUACGGUUGUUGCACAUACUUGCGUUUGAUUGAUGCGUUGGGUCAUUGUCGUGUCAUAUUGGUAUCAUCACAAUCUCGAAUCGCUCCUUUCAAACCGCCAACCAUACCUCGUCUCGAGUUACAAGCAUGCUGGUUAUUAAGUACCCACAUCGAUGUUAUUUUUAACCACUUGUCAUCGCUUCUACCGAUAUCUAAAGUUUACUGUUGGUCUGACUCAACGAUUGUUUUGUCAUGGAUCACAAAUCACCAGAAGCAUAUCAUCUCAAGAGGUUGUUUGUUGUCAGAGUUAAAGGACAGUAAUUUGUGGUUCGGUGGUCCGGUUUUUUUGUCAAAUGCUGAUGUUGAUUUUCGCGGGUUUGAAGUUGGUCGUGUUGUUGGAUGUAGUGAUAUUGAUUGGGUUUGUAGAGAUUCUAGUGAUUCUUCGACGGGGGUACUCCAUUUAGUAAGUCACACUACACAGGUAAGCCCAAUUGAACUGAUUUGCGUUAAUGUUGUUAAGUUUAGAUCUUUAAGAAGACUGAUUCGUGUCACCGCCUACGCACUUCGAUUUAUUGACAAUAUCAAGAAGAAGAAAGAGGAUCGCCAACUCUCCUUAACCAUCACUAACGAUGAAUUCGCCUACGCUGAACGAUUAUGGAUCCGAUGUAAGGGACGACUGAAAAAUGCACCGAUUUCCUACAACGCUAAAUUUCCGAUUUUGCUACCUCCCGACCAUCCGUUCACUGCGUUGUUACUCCUCCUUCGUAAAUGCGUACUUUGUAAAUUUGUCGAUGGACAACCGUAUUCUUAUCCAGCUUUACCUGAUCUUCCAUCUGCACGAGUUAACGACAUUUUUGCCUUCACUUGCACUGGCCUGGACUACGCUGGUCCCGUUUAUGUUCGAAGUAUCUACGCUCCUGUUGACGCGGCCACCCUUAUGUAUAAAUCAUGGAUAUUUUUAUUUACUUGUGCCUCGACAAGAGCUAUUUACUUGGACUUAGUUCCUGAUUAUUCCGCGACUACAUGCAUCCGUGGCUUAUCUCGAUUUUUUAGUGCACGUGGCGUUCCCAAUGUUAUUAUAUCUGAUGAUGGUUCGCCAUUUAUCUCAGAAGAAACACAGCUCUUUGCUGCAGAGAAAAAGAUUUUAUGGAAAUUCAACUUGCCAGCUGCCCCGUGGUGGGGUGGGAUGUUUGAGAGAAUGGUGCGAUCAACUACGAGAUGUCUUAAAAAAUAUUUGCAACAUAAAAGAGUUGAUUACGAGCAAUUGUUAACAAUUCUCAAGGAAAUCGAAGUGGUAAUCAACAAUCGUCCAUUAACAUUUUUAUACAACGAACCAGGAGUCGAAGUGUUGACACCAAAUCACUUACUCUUUGGUAGGAAAUUAAACACACAAGCUUAUACGAUCGAAGAAUCUGUUGAUAUCUCAAAAAACUUACGUUAUUUUUGGGAAUCGUGGUACAACGAAUAUCUGCUAAAUCUACGCGAAUCGCAAAAACGAUCCAAGUUUCAACGAAGUGGUGAAACCAUCCGAGUGAAAAAUAUGGUGUUAAUAAACGACGAAAAACGGCCACGAACGUUAUGGAAAGUCGGAAUUGUGGAAAAUAUCAAGCCUUCCUCAGAUGGAAAGAUUCGAGUUGCUAGAGUUCGAUACGCACGCAAUGGAAAAACGUUAUUCGUCAACCGACCUAUCAACAAACUCGUUCCACUCGAAGUGAAAUCGAACGAAGAUUUUCAGCAAUCCAAGGUAGACGUUUCCUUUGUUGACGAUGCAAACAUUUCAAGGGUCAAGAACAUGCUUUUUCUUUUGCCUGGCGGGGGAGGAUGUUAG